UUGUUGUCGUCCCAAACGACCGUUACACAUACAACCCUGUUCUCUUCUUCACUACCAUUCUCACACACACUCUUCUCACUGCUUCACUCUCUCUCUUUUAACAAGAAAAUGACAGUAGCAAACGCUGCCACCAAGCACUGCAAGAAGGCCAUGAAGAUGGGUCUUUCUCUCUUCUGCAGAACCUUCAAUUCUUCUAAAUGCAAGACAAUGGCAAAAAUGACGGUGGCGAGAAUAAAAUUGCUGAGAAACAAGAGGGAGGUGGUUGUGCGGCAAAUGAGGAGAGACAUUGCUAUGCUUCUUGAAUCCCAUCAGGAUGCCACUGCUCGUAUUCGGGUCGAACAUGUAAUAAGAGAACAAAAUAUAUUGCAAGCAAAUGAGAUCCUCGAGCUCUUCUGUGAACUUAUUGUGGCUAGACUAACAAUUAUUGCAAAGCAAAAGCAAUGUCCAGCUGAUUUGAAAGAGGGGAUAUCAAGUUUGAUUUUUGCUGCCCCAAGGUGCUCAGAUAUUCCAGAAUUGAUGGGAAUCAAAGAUGUUUUUGAGAAGAAAUAUGGAAAAGAUUUUGUUUCAGCAGCGACUGACCUGCGACCCAAUGCUGGUGUAAACCGGACGCUCAUCGAAAAGCUCUCUGUGAAAACUCCAAGUGGUGAAGUCAAACUAAAAAUCAUGAAAGAAAUAGCCAAAGAAUACCAGGUUGAAUGGGACACCGCAGAUUCAGAGAUGGAGCUUCUCAAGCCACCAGAAGAGCGUAUAGAAGGACCAAAUGGCUUUGUAAGUGCCACUAGCUUACCCCUGAAGCCAGCCUCAAAGCAACCUGCUGAGCCUAACAACCUCCGAAGCUCUUCAGAUGACGGAGAAUCGGAAGUUGCCAAAUUUGAUGACCCAGCUUCAGCUGCUAAAGCAGCUGCUGAAUCUGCCAAGCAAGCAAUUGCAGCUGCUGAAGCAGCUGCAUAUCUAGCCAGUAAAGACGCAAAAGCAUCUUCUGCUGGUUGUCACUACUCUCCGAAGAAUGCAACUGCUGACAAUAUCCCUUUCAUUUCUGCUGCUCAGGCUCCCAAGUUCUCGCAAAAUGAAGUGGCACCACCUUCUCAGUCCAUAGUUGAUCUUUACGAUAUGCACUGGAGUAGUAAGAACAUCAGGAAUUCCGAAAAUUCUCAUAGUUCUGCUGGUGAAGAGAUGCCAUUAGAUAUGAAAAGAUCACAGAAGUUUGACAGGAGACAUAGCUAUAAUGUUCCAUCCUCAAAUCGUAAUGUUCAGUAUGAUGAUUCAGACUGUGACGAGGAAAUCGAGAUGGAAGAUCCGCCGAGUGGGACAUAUAAACCCAGCCCACCAACUGAUAUUGAUGGUGGGAAGUUCUACAGAAGGCACAGCUACAAUGUUCCAUCAGCACAUUCAGGUGUCAAGUUUGAUGAAUCAGAUGGUGAAGAAGAGAUGGGAACUCACGAAUUCACUAGAGGAACCAAUCGAGCCCCUAACCGUCCUGCACCUCAUGUGCCUCGGGUUCAUCCCAAUUUACCUGACUACGACAAACUUACUGCUCGCUUCGAGUCUCUCAAGUCCCAGAAAUCUCGUCGUACCUAGAUUAUCCAGGGUUCAUGAAGUCAGAUACAUUUUGUGCCAGCCAGUCCAAUAUUAUUGUAUACAGUACAGAAAUCAAAUGAUAUGUUAAAAAUGGUUCAUUUAUAGUAGGUCAUUUCGUGGAGCUCACUUAUUGCCUUUGUGUUGACUUUACAAAUUUUGGUGUAAUAAAUCUUGGAUAUCCAUUUUACAAGGUUGUUCAUUUUGCAGAUCACUCUGUUUCUUUGUUA